AGCACCAACCCUGAUUCACUGUCUUGCUCUCCCUCAUCUGAAUGUCAAGGAGAACGUUGCCCAGUUCUGGGAUUGCCAGCUUGGCAAGAAACAUCCAAUGCCAUUGCUGUUCUCAGGUCUGUCCAACCCAGGGCUUAACAGAUAAUUCUUCAUGAGAACCAGAACCAAGACUGGAACAGGACAGAAUCAAAGACCAGAACCUUUUUUGAAAAUCUUUCAUCAUCUGAAAAAUCUUUCAUUGACCUCCACUGGACUGUAUCCAUAACCUGGAAUCUCUAGUACUGGAUUAGAAUAGUAUUUUCCCCACUGUGGGUUUUCUUUUGACUAAUCUGGAACUCCAUUUGCUUUCUGUUGUCAGGUCCAGAACUGCAGAUGACCUACAAAACAUCUGCACCAUUGCGGACCACUAAACCUGUACUAAUCCAUAAUUUGGACUGCAGUAGACCCACCCCAGUUUAUGGCGACUGUUUGGGGCUGAGCAUAACCACAGGUUGUUCAUGCGGACCUUCGGAAAGACGUUGCUGAAGACCAGAGGCUGACCAGGAUCAUCUCCAUAAGUCCCGUUCAAGUUAACAGAGAUGGGGUCUGCAUUUAGACGGUUCUGUGCUGCGUUCUGCUGCUGCUGUUGCAGUGAGGAAAAUGAGCCUGAAGAGAAAGCACCCUUGUUGAACGAGACUCUGCUGUACUUCGACCGCGAGGCGAAGAAAAGACGGGACCAGGAGACAAACCUGUGGAAUGAGCCGGGGGACCCCAGUCACUCAGAGAGGGACGAUGACCGUGAGCUUUACAACCUGCUGCAGAAGAGGGCCAAGACCCGCCGGGGCUCGCAGGGGUAUCGGCGCCUCAGUGUGGACAUUAACGCGGCGAGACAAGUGCGCCACGGCGUGAAGGAGAAGUGGAAGAUGAUUCUGGAGAACCUAGGGUUCAUGGACGAGGCAGAGUCUCUGCUGACGAUAUCGGCCACUGACUCGUACGACCGCAUGCGGAAUGCUCCGGUGGCCCGCUCUCUCCUGCAGACCCUGCACUCCGAGACCUCCAUCUUUCACAGCAGGGACCCGCCGCCCGAGAGAUACAUGUUCAUUCUGGAUCGUCUGCUCUACCUGGACGUGGCGGAGGACUUUGUUGCCAAUGCCCGGCGAUUCUAUCCUAAGGGAGCGGAAGAUGACGAGGACGACGAGCCCGCUCCGCUCCUUCCCUUCCUUCUGUCGAGAGCCAAUCAGGACACCGCAGGGGAAGAGGACGAGCUGGACGAUGAAGAGGGAAGCGGCUUUGAAGCUGAUGAGGACAUCUUCGCCAAGUCCCUGGACUGACGUGGUCCUGCAGUACCGGCUGAUGGCCAAUAGAUGGCGAUAUCGUUGCAGUGCGAUAGGAUGGAACAUACUGGAUGUGAUGUCACGCACCUUCAGUGAAGCAAUAAAGCGGGCGCUACUCAGCUCCACGUACUUGUGGGCAACUGUGUCUGCAGGUAUUUGCUCGGAACGUGCGCUACACCACCUGAUUUCCGAUAAUUAUUGUACCUGCUUGGUUCAGAUAAUCAGCUAAUUAUUGAGAUCAGGUGUGUAGCGCACGGUUGAAGCGAAUGCCUGCAGACACUGCGGCCCGCAGGACGUGUUGCUGGGUAGCGCUGCGAUAAAGCAUUUCAGAUAAUAGCUGUACUUAAUAAUCAAGUGAUCUGAGCCAAUGAGGAAAGUGCUUAGAUUGUUUUGCAUCUGUUCAUCGUUAAUUCUUUACCAUCUGAAAACACAUAUGAUUAAUAUUCACAUUGACAUGUUAAUAUGGCCAAUGUGAAUGAAAUACAAUAGAUAGGAAAUUCAUAAUAUUUCACUGUACAAAAACACUCCAAAUGUCUACCAAUACACAGUAAAUGCAAAAUAUCUUAACAAAGGUUGGUUAUUCAGUGAUUUUCUGGAAGGGAAUCUCUUUAAUGCUACAUUUCCUGGCUCAAAUUGUCUGCUCCUUAAUCUGUCAGUAUUCCCUUUGACACUUAACAUGAUGGAUGGAUCUUCAAAAUUACGGCUGGCACAUUUCUGAUACAUUAAUAGAAAAAGUUUGUUCUUGCCUGAUUCUUAGACAUGAUUGUAUUCCAAAUCCACUCAUUUUCUGCCAUCUUCAACCAGUAAACCAGAUUGUCCAUCCCGGAUCUGAGAUCAGUUCCUUGAAGCUGAAGCUGAAGCUAUUAUUUUACCUGGAGUGCCGUGGAAAUCUUCACAUUUUCAUUAGGUGAUAAUUUCAGAGUUAUUAUGAUCAGUCAAAUUACUGAAUUAUGGAUUCAUUAAAGGCCUUAUGCAAUCACAUUGCAGCUAGCAUGAAACAUUCUCACAAUGUUGCUGCCAUGUUGUGGCAAUGUUCAACAUUGAUAGAACAUUGAAAUGACAUUUUGAGAACAUUUUGUGUGAACUGGGUUUGCUCUGACAUUUGAAGCGUUCAUGUUUUUUAAGAUAAAGGUGUGCGAUCAGCUGUUACAUUCCUAUGAACAGGAAAAUAAUACUUUGAUGUAUGAGGUAGACUAUGGCUCUUUCGAACAGGAGAGCUGGAGGUCUGAAGGUCUUACUUGAAGUUCCAUUUUAAUUGACAGCCCACUAAACAGAUAUAUUGCUUUUUACAAAUACAACUUGGUCUCCAAAAGGCCGAUACCACAUCCUCCUUUAGAGGGCAGUAUGAAGUUUAAGGAUAAAGCUUGAACAACUGAACGAAACAAGUUCAUAAUACAAUUAGUUUUCUUUGGUUCUUUAUGAGAAUAAAAAAGCGUUUUUUUUAUUGCACAUGGUCUUUAAAGUACAAAGAUAUGUCCUGACUAGUUUGAAAGUGUUGUGGUUUAAGAAUGUGCUGAAGAGCUUCAGAUAAUGUGUCGCGGCAGAAGAGAGGGACCGUGCUUUAGGGAGUGUGGUGAGUUUUCUCUGUAAUUGGUCUAAGGGGAAAUAUGGUGCUUUGUGCAAAGCAGAGAUUAAAUAAUGUAAUAUAAA